AUGAGAGUGAAAAGAGAAGAGGCAUGGAAAAGUGGGACGAGGUUACGACUAGUUAUUGGGUUUAUUGAACUCGCAAUGUCUUGUAAAGCUGGUUUUGGGGACAUUACUAGGGACAGUGAUGGGAAGUGGAUGAUGAUGAGUAGUUCAGGGUUUAGAGUAUUAAGGAUGAUCUCGAAAUCGGAUUUGCGCAAGAAGCUGGGGAUUGGUCCCGGUGAUGAAUGGGUAAAGUUAGUGGAAAUCAUCGGAAUCCGAGCUAACAGUGGUGAGUCCAAUGCUCUGUUCUCGUUGUUUGUCUCGCCCUUUUCACAACCUUUUGUCCUCUUCACUUUUUCUCACCCUGCUCCUCUCUCACGUUUCCGUCUCGUUUACUGUAAUGUAAGGCACGUUACGGCAUCCAUCGCGCUAUUCUUCGUUUCAUUUGCUUUGUCAAUUGUCACUGCACUAACGGAACCGCGUUUCUUAAAAGGUGUGCUCUGA